AUGAAAGAGGAUCCCUGUCGCGAGGGCGGAACGAAAGUAAAGGAUUGCUGCCGCGAGGGAGAAGGAGAAGAAGAAGAAGAAGGGGGAGAAGCAGCAGAAAAAGAUGAAAGAGAUGCAACAGAGCUCGUGCGUGAUGACCCCCAAGAUGACGGCGGCGGCGACGCAGGCAGAGAGCUGCAGCCUGCAUUGUACGAGAAAGCAGAACGAGGGGGGCCGGGGCGGGGGGCGUGA